AUGGGUGGUUGCUACUCCGCCAUCGCGGCCACCAAGCUGAAGAUGCUUCGCCACGGAGGCCGUGGCGCCGCUGCCAUCAUCCCCGUCACCAGCCGCGACGGCCCGUGCUGCUCCCCGUACAGGGACAGCGACGCCAAGGAGAAGAAGAAGAAGAAGGGCAGGAAGGGCAGGAAGCACGCCCCCAUCCUGGGGGACGCCGGCGCCGUCGACCCGGACUUCGCGCGGCGGUACCGGCUCGGCGCGGAGCUGGGCCGCGGCGAGUUCGGCGUCACGCGGCGGUGCGAGGACACCGCCACGGGGGAGGCGCUGGCGUGCAAGACGAUCCGGCGGAAGCGCCUGAUGCUGCGCCGCGCCGGGCCCGACGCGGACGACGUGCGGCGGGAGGUGGAGAUCACGCGCCGCAUGUCGGAGCUCGGCGAGGGCCGGGUGGUGCGUCUGCGCGAGGCGUGCGAGGACGACGACGGAGUGCACCUCGUCAUGGAGCUCUGCGAGGGCGGCGAGCUCUUCGACCGCAUCUUCGAGCGGGAGCACUACUCCGAGCGCGCCGCCUCCAAGCUCGCCCGCACCAUCGUCGAGGUCGUGCAGCUGUGCCACGACAACGGAGUGAUGCACAGGGACCUGAAGCCGGAGAACUUCCUGUUCGUGAACAAGUCGGAGGACUCGCCUCUCAAGGCUAUCGACUUCGGCCUCUCCGUGUUCUUCAAGCCUGGCGAUCGGUUCACCGAAGUGGUUGGCAGCGGGUGUUACAUGGCUCCAGAGGUUCUCAAGAGAAACUAUGGGCCAGAGAUAGAUGUGUGGAGCGCUGGCGUCAUCCUGCACAUCCUUCUCUGCGGAUUCCCCCCGUUCUGGGGAGAUUCCGACGAGAAAAUUGCGCAGUCAAUACUCAGGGGAGGAAUUAACUUACAGAGGGAUCCAUGGCCCAAGGUCUCCCAGAAUGCAAAGGAUCUUGUCAGGAAGAUGCUUGACCCGGAUCCUCGCACACGGUUGACGGCAAAGCAAGUCCUUGAGCAUCCUUGGCUCAAAAAUGCUGAUAAGGCUUCAAAUGUGUCACUCGGGGAGGUUGUUCGGUCCAGGCUGAAGCAGUUCUCGUCCAUGAACAAGUUCAAGAAGAAGGCACUUGGAGUCGUCGCCAUGAAUCUACCAGUGGAAGAGAUUGACAAAUACACUCAGAUGUUCAAUACGAUGGACAAGGACAAUGACGGUAAUUUGACACUUGAGGAGCUGAAGGAGGGCUUCCGGAUAAACGGUCAACCUGUCAUGGAGGAAGAGAUAAAAAUGCUGUUAGAAGCGGGUGACAUAGAUGGAAAUGGCACAUUGGAUUGUGAGGAAUUUGUAACAGUCUUACUUCACAUUAAAAAGAUGAGUAAUGAUGAGUACCUACCUAAAGCUUUCAAGUUCUUCGACAAAGAUGGGAAUGGUUUUAUUGAAAUGGAGGAGUUGAUGGAGGCACUAGGUGACGGCGAACUGAAGCCUAAUGGGAAAGUGGUUAAUGAUAUUAUUUGUGAGGUUGACAAGGAUAAGGAUGGUCGUAUCAGCUAUCCGGAGUUCGAAUUGAUGAUGAAAGGUGGAUCAGAUUGGAGGAAUGGCUCUAGACGGUACUCAAGAGCAAAUUUCGAUAGCCUCAGUCAUAGGCUGUGCAAAGAUACUUUAUGAAACAAGAAAUUAGGUUCCAAGCAGCAUUGGUCGACUGACUGUACCACGCCCUCAACUAAAGAGCAAGCAUCAGAGGACAAUGCAAAAGCAGGAUUAGUGGAUUUGACAGUUCAAGGAUACCCCCAUAUCCUAGUUGCAUGCUUGACAAACUUCAUCAAGCAGCAAAUCCUCUGGCAUUGUCCUUUGUUCUGGAAGCAGAAUGUACAAUUCCUAGGAUACAUAUCUAUGGCUUAGAUAUAGUCGGAUGUAAGGGAAGCCCCAGCAUCCAUGCAAUCAACUAACUAAAUUUUGACGUUUUGCUACCA